CUCCCACCACUGCAUCUUCGGAGCUGCAUUUGCAGCCACUUAAAACAGCCGGUCGUGUGUGCCCAGAUGACUUAGCAACAACUAUUUUCGCAAAUGUUUCAGUGGGAUCCGAGAGAGAAAUGAAACCCCUGGGCAUCACUGUGGUUCUUGGACUACUGGUGGGGGUAUGGGCUCAGCUCAAUGUGCUGCAUCCUCUGUGUGACUCCCCUGAGGCAGAGGAGGCUGCCCUGGUGGCUCAGGAUUACGUCAAUGCCCAGCACACUCAUGGUUACAAGUUUGCACUGAACAGGAUCGAGGAGAUCGAAAUCAAAACUGGGAUUAAUGGAGAACAGAUAUAUGUCUUGGAACUUGACCUGCUGGAAACAGAUUGUCAUGUGUUGGACCCCACACCUGUUGCCAACUGCACAGUCAGACCCAAAUAUUUGACGGCAAUUGAAGCAGACUGUGAUGUGGUGCUGAAGAAGGUUGGCGGAGCCCUGUCUGUCACCACAUUCAAGUGUGAAACAGAGGAAUCAACAGUGGACCUUUGCACUGGCUGUUUUACCCUCCUUCCCCUAAACAACACUGCAGCGCUGGACUUUGUCCAUGCCACUCUGGCAACCCUUAAUAAAAAUGUUGUCAAUGUAACUUACAUUAUUCUGGAGAUUGGAAGGAUGUCGUCACAGUUUUUGUCUGGUGGGGCCAGAUAUUCAGUAGAAUAUGUCAUAGCUGAGGCUAAUUGCACUGGUGACACCUGCGUGCCCCUGGAUGAUCCCACGGCUGAACGGAGUAUUUGUGUUGCCAAAGGUUUUAAAACUGCUCACACAGUGGACUGCAAGAUGUUUACCAUUCUGACGCCUGUUGUGGAUGCCAUCAGCACUGUAGCUUCUGCCUUGCCACCAGCGGUCCAUGUACAUACAGGGGGCCUGUCACACAAGAAUGGUCUAAGACACCAUAAACUGACCUCUCAUCAUGAGCCUCAUCUGGGCCGCUCUAUGUCUGCAGAAUCAGCAGAGUCAACUGAAAUUGUACCUGUGGCCCCUGCAGUGGUUGAUGCUGCUGCAGCUGCUACACCUGCUUCUGCUGAUCCCACUCUAGCUACUGACUCUGCAUCAACCUCCAAAGCCUCAGCCAGUAAGGAGGAAGCUGUUAGUGUGGUUAAGAGAGAUUUACAUGCUGAACUCAGCCCUGCAGCAGCUGAGAUCACUGUAGACCCUAUUCCUCAUGUGCAAGUAUGUCCUGGAAGGGUCAGAUUCUUCAAGUGAACAAGUCCCACAGACUCUCUAUAUUUGCUUCCUUCAGCUACACUGGUGCUAGGGUAACUUUAAGUGAUACAUGUGUUGUGGUAGGGAAAUGUAACACUGACACAUUUCUUGCAAACCAGGAAUAAUCCAUUGUGUGAAACUGUCAAAGGAGCACAGUGUAUUGCACAACAGCUCUUGAAAUUUCUGUAAAAUGGAUGAAGAAGAUUUGCAUUCAAUGCUGCU